AUGAAGUAUUUUGUCGUGUUUCAGUUAAAAAGGUUGGGCGCGCGUGAGCUGAUCCAGUGCUUCGUGAGCGCGCCUUUUCUUCGUUGCAGCGGGCGACAUAGACAGCUCAUGAGAGUUGGAUGGAAAUCCAUCGCCUAUUUAAAGGUUGUGGUUUCAGUUGCAGUAAUUCUUCCAAGCUUCGACUACACUGGAUCACAUGCAUUUUCUUUUUAUUUGAACGAUAAUGAUAUAGAGAUAAUUACAGCAGGCUUGGCUGCCGCUAUCCGCCUUAAGGCUAACAAUAUCCCUUUUAUCCUCCUCGAAGCUUCCAACGCCGUAGGCGGCCGGGUCCAAACCGACGUUGUGGACGGAUUUCUCCUCGACCGCGGAUUCCAAAUCUUCAUUACUGGUUAUCCCGAAGCUCAGAAGCUUCUCGAUUACGAUGCCUUAGAUCUCCGGAAAUUCUAUUCUGGCGCUAGGAUUUUCUACGGCGGAGGCUUCCAUACCGUAGCAGAUCCCCUUCGCCACUUGGGCGACUCCAUCCAGUCGCUUUUUAACCCAAUCGGCAACUUAUUCGAUAAAUUGUUGAUUGCGGUCACUAGAAUUAGUGUCUUAGUGAGAUCCGACGAUGAAAUUAUACUGGCCGAUGAAGUUAAAACAAUUGAUUUGUUGAAAACGAUUGGAUUCUCUGAUUCCAUUUUGGAUCGUUUCUUCCGGCCUUUCUUUGGCGGAAUUUUCUUCGACCCUAAUCUGGAGACGACGUCAAGGCUCUUCGAAUUUAUCUUCAAGUGCCUCGCUCUUGGGGACAACACCCUCCCGUCGAAAGGUAUAUCUGCGAUUCCCGAACAAUUGGCAGCAAAACUUCCUCCUGAAUCAAUAUUCUUAAACUCAAGAGUAGUUUCAAUCGAUUUUGAUUCCUCCACCGUGAAACUUCAGACGGGGGAAGUUUUCAGUUGCGAACAUGGAAUUAUUGUAGCGGUGGAGCAACCGGAGGCGGUUAAACUUUUGGCGGGAAAGGUGAGGCUGGAUCCGGUUAAGAAACCGGUUCGGAGCACAGUGUGUUUGUAUUUCUCGGCCGGGUUAAAUGAAAUCCCGGUUAGGGAUCCGGUACUGUUUCUUAAUGGGACAGGUAAGGGGAUUGUGAAUAAUAUGUUCUUCGCUAGCAAUGUGAGCCCGUGUUAUGCGCCGGCGGGGAAGGCGCUGGUAUCUGUUUCGCUUAUCGGCUUGAUGGAAGACAAAUCGGAUGAGGAUCUGACGGCGGAGGUUGUGCGGGAGCUAUCUAGUUGGUUUGGAGAGAGAAUGGUGAGUAAGUGGAGACAUUUGAGGACAUAUCGGAUCGAGUUUGCUCAGCCGAAUCAAAGCCCGCCUACGGAUUUGAUGAAAGAUCAGAGAGUGCGGGUCGGGUUGUAUGUGUGUGGGGAUUAUCAGACUAGUGCUACAUUUGAUGGUGCUUUAGUUUCUGGCAGGAAGUCUGUUGAAGCUUUGUUGAGAGAUAGGUCUCUUCAUCAAAAUUGAUUCAAUCCAAUUCUAACCUUAUUUUUAAUUCAUUAUGUACAAAAACAAUAUAAUAAUGCUUUUAUUUUUUAUUAUAUAUAUUUAUUUAUUUCG